AUGGCUGCCGCACUGGGACGUCCAAGGGCAGAGGAUCCUUUUGACAUUCACGAAGAUGCGCGUACCGAAGAGACCGAAAUGAUGGUUGAAGAUGAUGUUGCCGGAGCUGCUGCAACAGACGAGGUAAUGGAGGAAGAAGUCGAAGAGGAGGAAGAAGAAGAGGAGGAAGAGGAAGAAGGCUCGGACGACGAGCGUGUUGAAAGGAGUGUACAAGCCGACAUGGACAAGCUGGCUAAUGACUUUCCUGGCUUUCGUGGAAAAUACCGCCUAAUCAAGAGGAUUGGCGAGGGAACCUUCUCUACCGUAUACAAAGCAGAAGAUGUCCAGUACGAUAGAUACGACAACAGUUGGGACUUUGAUGAUGACUCGUCAAAAUGGACGCCUCCACCUCUCAAAAGACACGCCAGCCAAGCAUCAUCGGAGCGCUCCCAACGGCGGCGUGCACGAUUUGUUGCAAUUAAAAAGAUUUACGUCACAUCAAGUCCGGCGCGUAUUCUGAACGAGCUCGAACUCCUCCAUGACCUGCGGCAAUGCCCCUCUGUCUGCCCUCUCAUCACAGCGUUCCGAAACACGGACCAGGUGGUUGCCAUCCUGCCCUACUUCCGACACGGUGAUUUCAGGGCAUACUUCCGAGAUAUGACGACACCAGAUAUUGCCAUUUAUCUGCGAUCCCUAUUUACGGCAUUGAAAAGCGUCCACCAGGCCAAGAUACUUCACAGAGAUAUUAAACCGACCAACUUCUUGUAUGACCCAGCUACCCAGCAUGGUGUCCUGGUCGAUUUUGGGUUAGCAGAACGCGAGGGAUCUGAUUGUAAACCUUGCCUCUGCCACGAACAUCGCGAAACGCGCAAGCAUCGUCAAGCCACUUCCGCAUGGGCUCAGAUGGCAACGACUUCACAACCCGGCUAUCCUAAUUCAGACACUCGAUUGUCCAAGCGUGCCAAUCGCGCUGGCACACGAGGAUUUCGCGCGCCUGAAGUUUUAUUCAAAUGCACCGAACAGACCACCGCGAUCGACAUUUGGUCUGCCGGCGUCAUUCUUCUUACCAUCCUGUCGAAACGAUUUCCCUUUUUUAACUCGGCUGAUGACGUAGAAGCCAUGAUUGAAAUAGCAACCAUCUUUGGCUCAAAGCGCAUGAAAGCCGCAGGACUACUCCAUGGAUGUGUUUUUGAAACCAACAUUCCUACAAUAGGCCAGCAAGGCUUUACAAUGGAGAAGAUUAUCCUGUGGAGCACAUGUCGUACGAAUGAUAAGCCCCUGACACCCGAUGAAAAGCUGGCCGUGCGAUUUUUGGAACGGUGCAUGGAUUUGGAUCCCUCAAGAAGAAUCACAGCUGAACAGGCUUUGCACCAUGAGUUUUUGAAUAUUGACCAACCCCAGAGUCAGGAACUCGGUGACGAGGAUGAGGUUGACAUGUUGGCGGCGUAA